AUGAUAUUCCAGUGGCAUACCAUAUUCAUCUUACUUUCUGCUGUUAGUAUUAACUGUACUCCCAAUAACACAUCAAAACAGAAAUCCGAGGCCACUCGAGCUAUCCAAGAUGCCAAAGCCAAAAUAUCCAAAAGCAGUGCCAAGUUUGGGCAAACGUCAUUCAAGUCCUAUUUACCACCAGCCCAGCCUGUAUCUAUGAAGAAAAUCGGCUCUCAACUGAAAAGUUCUAAACCAAAAACAUUUGCUUUCUCCAGCAACAGUUUCAGUUUCAGAGCACCAGUCUUUUCGCAAACAAAUCUCCAACUUGGAACAAAGGAAGGGCAAAAGUUACCAUCAAAAGAAGUGUUUGCUAAACAAGACAUUCAGCAUUACAAACCUCACACAAACAAAAUACUAAAGAAGGUUCUAGUGGGAAAUAAAAAACAGGGUCCAAGGAAAACUAUAAUAAAGAAGAUUAUAAUUAGAAGAAAGAUAAAAGUUAAACCUAGUUCGGAGACUCAAAAAGAACACACCACAAAGCCAGCUAAACUCGGUAUAAUCACGAGUACACAAACAAUAUCAACUGGUAAGGAAGUUACACCAGAAAAACGUGAUAGCAUGGUUGACAAAACUUGGGUGAAAAAUAUAACAAGAAGCGAUGCUGUACAAAGACCAAUAAUGAAAGAACCGACUCCGAAAAAGAAACAACCUGCAAAGAUAGGCUUUGAACCUGCACCGCAAAUGAUGACUGUAUCGUCCAGCUAUAGGAUUCCUUUUCACAAAUUUCAAGCUGCACCCCCUUUAAAGAAAAAAGAACAGAAUCUCUCAACUCAGCGAGAAGUAACAAGAAACUUGGUUAUCAACACCGGAAAUGACGUAGGUCUAACGAGCGAUAUGAAAUCGGAAGCAAAAAUGAAUAUAAGAGCUAAUACGAUUAUUUCUGUGACGAAGAAUUCAGAUCUUACAAAACUAGACGAAAAGAAAACUAUUGUCGAACCACCCAUUGUUUCUGAACGAAUAACAACAGACUUUCAAAUUCCUCUGCCACCUGGUGAAAUAUUUGAGAACGGAAGUCUAUUUAUGAACCUGCCAAGAAAGGAAUUUCAACAUCCAGCACAAAAAGUAGUCAAUUCUAAAACAAAUGAUAGAGAUGUUGUAUUGGGAACGCCGCCAUCGAAACAUAAAAGCUUAUUUGAUAAAUUUCAGUCUGUGCAAAGAAACAGAGAAAUGGCAAAAAGCGAUAUUAUUCCACCAGAUUUGCAGCACGUUAUCACUGUUAAACAGCAACAUUCAAAGGAUAUGGUAAAGAAGCCUUUGGAGACAGUCCCUCUGGCUAAUGAUAUUGGCCUCUCUUCUGGAUCGAUUCAAAAGAUGCGUGAACCAAGCCAGGCAACUGGAGUUAGUGUAGGUGUUUCUCUUUCUGAAACUUUUAAUCAACAUCCGCCUUCUCCAGGACAUUUAAGACCUGGAUUUAUACCUCCACCUCCACCAAAUGGAUUCAGAAGACAACAUAUUCCAAAACCACCUGGUCCAUGGAUUGUACCUACACCACCCCUUAUAACACCACCAAACAGAAUUCAUUCCCAAACAAGCCCUUUAAGAAGCAAUCAAAAUACACUUAACCAUGGAGCGCAGAUGAAUUACAUCCAAACAAAAGUUCCACUGAGUGGAGUUAUACCUCAACCACCUAUUGUUGCAAGAAAGCAUAGCAGGUUUUCUCGCCCGAAGAAUAUAGCACCUUAUCCACAGCAUCCAGCAGACUAUUUAACUAAGGCACCUAACAAGCAAAAUCAAGUCCCUUUGAGUGCGCCGGGUCAAGGUCAGUUUGACUCGAUGCAUAUUAAUCACCCUCGUAAUCGUCAUCAUGGAGGACCACAUCUUAACAGAGAUUUUAUGCGGAAACCACCGAAACCACCAACACAGAACUUUGUGGAUCCCACAGUUAGUCCAGUGGUGAAUAAACCAGAACCCAGACCAAGAAGACGGAAUCUUCCUAGGCCUGUGCAGUUCGAUCCACUGAAACAUAUCAUGAAAAGGAAACAGGAAUUAACGAAAAAAGCUAAGAAACCAACCAAUAUCCGGACACCACCAGAGCCACCUGGUGAGAAAAAAGCUAGCCCAGACCCCGAUAGGAAAAAAAUGAAUCAGAAAAUAUUCAAAAAUUCUUUCCAAAAAGACUAUGUGAACGAACGUAGAAGUAGACAACCUAUGAAAGAAUUUGUAUCUGAAUUUGAAAGGUUUAUGAAACAUAUGGACUCAUUCAUGGACCUAGCUGGUAUGCUGGAGUUCUAAAAAUAGAUAAAUUUGGAAAUGGUUGAA